CCGCCCCGCCCCGCUCCGCCCCAUGCCUCCUACCUCUGUGUGCUGCUGCAAGCCCGGAACAUCCUAGUUGGCUAUGGAGACCCCCGCGCGGCCGCUGCACCUUCUCCCCCUGUUACUGCUGCUUUGUGGUGAGUGUGCCCAAGUGUGCGGCUGCAAUGAGACGGGGAUGCUGGAGAGGUUGCCCCGCUGUGGGCAAGCCUUCGCUGACAUGAUGCAGAAGGUGGACGUCUGGAAGUGGUGCAACCUGUCCGAGUUCAUCGUGUACUAUGAGAGCUUCACGAACUGCACGGAAGUGGAGACCAACACCGUGGGCUGCUACUGGCCCAACCCGCUGGCUCAGAGCUUCAUUACUGGUAUCCACAGGCAGUUCUUCUCCAACUGCACUGUGGACAGGGCCCACUGGGAAGACCCCCCAGAUGAAGUGCUCAUCCCACUGAUUGCAGUGCCUGUGCUGCUGACCGUCGCCAUGGCUGGCCUGGUGGUGUGGCGCAGCAAGCGUACGGACCAGCUGCUGUGAGGGUCUGCCAGAUGGAAGGCCGUGCCUGGCGAGCUGGCAGAGGGUUGCCCAGAGCUCUGAGAGCUGGUAGACACUUCCUCUGUUUGGUCUGCUUUGGCCAUGCCCUACCCAGUCAUGGCAGAAUCCUCCUGCCCGGGCUGAUGUGGCCCUUGCUGUCUAGCCUGCUGCCUGAUAGAGCUCAGGCUGACCAUACAAGUGGGCUAGUGGAAGGAAGUGACGAAGCUCAAGUUUGUGUACCGGAUAUGGAAGUCAUUUGUUGCUGGGUCCCAUAGCCCCCAGGCCAGUAUCCUUAGUCUCUAGCCAUUUCUUGGCAGAAUCUUGUUUAGCUUCAUCCCCAGCCAAGGUCCUGACCCAUUUCUAGACCUGACCCUGACCCCUGCAGAGAGGGCACCCAAGGUCAUUGGAGGGUGUGGAGCCCCUCCUGAGCCCUUCUGAUGGGGUACAUCUUCUGUUGGACAUGAAGGACAGCCUGGGGACUGGGCAAUGGAGACAUUAGGAACGACAUGUCACCUGCCUGUCUCCUGUCUGAUCUGCCAUGGUUCCAUGUCCAAUGUGGCCCAGGGAUGGAGAUUGGAUAGUCCUUCAAAGUCUCCUGCCCUGUAGGUGAGGCCUGGACCUCCUUCUUGAGGGGGUUGCCUGGGAGGAAGACACACUCUGACAGAGUCUGUGCUCAAGUGUUCUGUCUGCUGAUGUCUGUUCAUUGUGAUUAAAGAGUCUCCUUACAUCUGG